UUGGCUGUAGGCAGUGCAUAACAGAGAAAAUUUUUGUGAUGGACAGGUCUAUUUUUCUGCUGGUCUUAUGGCUAGUAUCUAAGGCACAACUUGGACAGUCUCAAAUUGAUGUUUUGAGGCUCACUUCAGCUGUGUAUGAAGCUCUUGGACCAUCUUUGGAAGCGAUGCAGAAAGACAUCAAGACUAUCAAGAACGACAUAGUGAUUGUGAAGAACGACAUAGCCAGUCUUAGUCACAGGGUUGAUAAUCUCACCGAGGAAGUCCAGCAGCAAGUAGUCCCUCAGUUAGCUCGUGUCCAGAGCUUUCAAACAGCUCUCGAGUCUUCGAUAAACGAGUCAAGGAAUGAAUUAAGUCGGGUCAACGGAAUCAUCAGUGAUCUAGGUGGACACCUGCAGACACACAGUCAGCAGACUACAUCUGCAGUAGCUCAAGUUGACACUAGACUGAGUUCUCUGAAUGAAUCAAUGAGAGAUGAUUUCAGUGGGAUUGAGAGAGGGUUAAGUGGUCUCAAUAGCACAGCAAACAUGAUAUGUGACAAGAUCAAAAAACUUCCUGUUUACACAUGUGGAGGUACAGGAGGUUGGAGACAUGCAGUCUACCUGGAUAUGACACACCCCAACACCAGCUGUCCCUCUGGCUGGCAACUAUUCACAGAAAACUCCAAGACGACUUGUGGAAGAGUUAGUGCAGCACGGUUAACUUGUGACUCGGUCUUCUUCCCUGUCAGUGGAGGACCAUACAGUCAGGUGUGUGGUAGGAUCAGAGCCUACCAGUGGGGACUGGCAUUGGCUUUCCAUUAUAGCGAUGUUGAUGGUGUGACAAUAGUGCAUGGCAGUCCUGAACAACACAUCUGGGCAUUUGCAGCUGGGACAUGGGAGAAUUAUCCUGGGAAUGGAAGCAACCACUGUCCCUGUGAUGAUAAUAACCUUCUAUACAAAACAAUCCCAGGUUUUAUUGGAGAAGACUACUUUUGUGAGUCUGGGUACGUAUAUCCUGGGUACAGAAAUGACACUCUAGACUUUAAGCUCCACUCCGAUGAUGUCCUCUGGGAUGGCGAAAGCUGUCACUCCACCAGUACCUGUUGCUCUUUCCACGAUCCUCCGUACUUCACAAAAACCCUCAACCAGACAACUAGCGAUGAUCUUGAACUGAGAAUGUGUUUAAGUCGAAGCAUAUCUUAUAACAACAUAGCAGUGGAACUGGUAGAGUUGUAUGUGAAGUAGGAAACAUGCACAAGAAAGUACUAUUGUGUACAUUACUAUGACUGUAAUAUCCACUCUCCGUGGAUUACGGAUUACAUAUAUAUUAUACGUAGCUAAUGUCUAACAGUGUCUAGUAAAGUGAAGAGCACAAUGUAUAGUUGUUACGUCAUUAUUUGCAUGUUUUCUAUAAUUAUACUGCCAUAAUUGUUGGCACAAUAACCU